GUCUGGGGAGAGAUCAGAUAUAGUGAAUGCGGGGUCUGGGGAGAGCAGAUAUAGUGAAUGCGGGGUCCGGGGGGAGCGAAUAUAGUUAAAUGCGGGGUCCGGGGAGAGCGGAUAUAGUGAAUGCGGGGUCCGGGGAGAGCGGAUAUAGUGAAUGCGGGGUCCGGGGAGAGCGGAUAUAGUGAAUGCGGGGUCCGGGGAGAGCGGAUAUAGUGAAUGCGGGGUCCAGGGAGAGCAGAUAUAGUGAAUGCAGGGUCUGGGGAGAGAUCAGAUAUAGUGAAUGCAGAGUCUGGGGAGAGAUCAGAUAUAGUGAAUGCAGAGUCUGGGGAGACCAGAGUAGAUGUGGAGCCUGUACAUGGUCAUAGGAUGU